AACAUUCUCAGCACGCAUUCUCAAUAAUACCACACUUCAUCCAUACCCAUAACAAGAUCUAUUAAUGCUUUGCUCUUAAAGAGAAAAAAAUUGUAGAAAUACUCAUUUUAAUAUUUGUUCAUUUGAAAUGCCAAGUUGUUGCCUAUGACAUUUGACCUCCUAGAAUAAGGAUCAUUGAUAAAAAUUCUUAUGUUGAAUGUGUUUUCUUACAAGACUUUUAGAAAGAAGAUAAAAUUUUUAGAAUUAAAGAAACAUAAUUACAGAAGAAAGUAUUAUCUAAUCUAUGCAUUUUUAUCAGACAACUUGUAGGUAACCAACACACAUCUAUAUUAAUAAUUUUCAGCUAUAUUCAAAGUAGAUGAAGGACUCAAUAAAAAGAAAUCAAUAUUUAAGAAAGUAUAACUCAUUUCCUCACUUAAGAUCAACAAGUAAAUCUAUGUAAUCAAAUUGA